CUUUCAAAGCUUCUUUCCCAGUUUUUUUACGCUUCGAACAGAUAGUGAGGAAGAUUCUUUUUCAUCACUACAUUUAAAUCUUGUUGAAAAAUAAUCGAGUUAUCUGGAAAAAAAAUGCAAGUCUUCGUCAAAUCUCUCCAAGGCAACACUCUCGUCGUUGAUGUUAAUGCCAACACUCCCGUUUCUUCUGUCAAGUCUUUGAUCGAGCAACGUGAAAGUCUCCCUGUUGACGCUCAACGCUUGUCUUUCGGUGGUAAGUCUCUUUCUGAAGGUGAACUUGGUCUCUAUGGUGUCCAAGAUAACUCCACUCUUCACUUGAACAUCGAGCUUCUCGGUGGUGGUAAGAAGAGAAAGAAGAAGACUUACACUACUCCCAAGAAGAUCAAGCAUAAGCGUACCAAGGUUAAGUUGGCCAUUCUCAAGUACUAUAAGGUCGAUGAAUCUGGUAAGAUUACCCGUCUUCGCCGUGAGUGUCCUAAUGCCACCUGUGGAGCCGGUGUCUUUAUGGCUAAGCACCAGGAUCGUCAAUACUGUGGCAAGUGCCACUUGACCUAUGUCUUCCAAAAGGGCGAAAGUGCUUAGAUAUGUUUUAGCAUAUCUUUGGUGCAUGGAGUAAGUAGUUAGCUCUAUUUUCACAACUCCUGCAAAGAUGUAUCCCACUUUCUAUAAUAAAAAA